CCCCCGGCGGCGGCGCGGGCGCUCCGUGGGGCCCGGCUCAGCUCCUGGCUGCCUCAAAGGGUCCCGCUACGAGAGGGUCACUGGCAGAGCUCUUUGUUGGAGUUCAGGACAUCCCUCCCUGUGAGAGCACAACCAAAGAAGAAAAAGAAGGUGGAUGUGAAGAAAGAGCAAGCACAGAAGGAACGUAUGAAGAAAAAGCUUAAAAAAUUGGAAAAAGCUGCCCCAGAACUGAUUCCAAUUGAGGAUUUCAUAACACCACUUAAGUACUCAGAGAGCAGCAGGAUGCGAAGUCUUCCCGCUCUUUCUCCUCAAGAGUCUGAAAGAAGAGUUUUACUUUUGAAGAAGUGGUGUUUGUUUAAGCAGAAACAAGACGAAGCAGAAAAGAAAGCGAUUAAGGGCCUUGUGGAAUCGCAGCAGGAGGCGCUGCGGGAGCUGCGCCUGGAGUCGGAGGAGCUGUACCAGGCAGCAGUGCGCAGGGACGAGGGGCUGUUCCCCUUCCAGAGGGACGGGCCCACUUACACCCCUCCCCUUCCUGGCUAUGAUCCCCCCGAGGGGAAGUGCAUUGACAUCACCAAGGUGUACACGCAGUGAUGGAGGAGCUCCUGCUUCUGCUGCCAGGAGGUGGUCAGACUGAAGGGAGAAAGACUGGAAUUGGAAUAAACAAUUUUUCUUGCAGGUUGCAACACUGCAGGAUGUGACUGUAAAAAAAAAUAAAUGAAGUAUUCUUUGUGUUUUAAUGACUAUCCAGGUAAUAACAUACCUAGCAAAGCUACACGACCUUACAUAGUGGCAAAGCCAAUUUUUUUUUGUUUUCUUAUAUUGCCAUGUAAUUGUUGUAACUAAGUUUCCGUGGGUUUGCCCUAAUACGAACCAGAUCUCUCUCUGCAUUUGUUUAAACCUUUAUUGUUUAGUAGUUUUGAAUACUGCCAUAACACAGACAACUAGGCAAGAACAGUGAGAGCAGUUCUAUAAAGGGGCAGUUUCAGGGUGUGCAGCCCCCACGUGAGCAGCUCUUAACCACCACAAUCCUGAUUCUGGGAAAUGUCUUUUAAAUGUCAGUGUUUGGGACUGUCUUGAGCUGGCAAGGAAGAGUGCCAACCUGGUUUUUUCCCCCCAUCUGGUAGGCCUGAGGUGGGUACCUCAUUCCAAAAGUGCUCAAUGCCAGCUGGUAAGGCAAGAGGCCCUCAGAGCUAGAGCAUGUAUGCAUUAAUUUGGAAGGUGCCUGCUGAGAUGAACUCCUGAAGUAUAAGCAGUAAAAGACCACAAAUUAAGUGCCUCAAAUUUCCCUUUAAAAAUACUCUGUGUUUAAAUAAAAUUUCAGUAUUUUUGAGUGAGUGCUAAAGUAUUGCAGGGCAGAGCUACAGUUGUAUAACUUUGAGACGAUGUGGAAGGAAAGAAA